AUGCGUAGCACGUUGAUCUUCGCGGGCAGCUCCUGCCCUGCGCUCACGGGUCAGAUUUGCGAGAACCUGGGCAUGCAGCCCGCCGAGGCGGAGCUCACCCAAUUUUCCAAUGGCGAGACCAGCGUACGCAUCCUCACCAGCGUGCGAGAGAAGGACGUCUUCAUCGUUCAGUCUGGCAGUCCCAAGGUCAACGAUACCAUCAUGGAGCUGCUCAUCAUGAUCUCUGCAUGCAAGGGCGGCUCGGCGAACAAGGUCACAGCUGUUCUUCCCUACUUCCCUUACAGUCGCCAGUCGAAAAAGAAGUCCCACCGCGGUGCCAUUACGGCGCGCAUGCUCGCCAAUCUGUUGACCAUGGCUGGUAUCAAGCAUGUCAUCACCGUCGAUCUGCACGCCACCCAGAUGCAGGGCUUCUUCAAGUGCCCCGUCGACAAUCUGCAUGCCGAGCCCCUCAUUGCUCGCUGGAUCCGUCACAACGUCGCCAAUUGGAAGGAGGCCGUUGUCGUGUCGAAGAACGCCGGUGGAACGAAGCGAGUGACAUCGCUCGCUGACGCCUUGAAGCUCAACUUCGGCAUGGUCACGACCGAGAAGAAGAAGCACCGGGGCGCCAACAUGUCGGCUAGUGUCAUCAUGGGUCACCUCCACAGCUUCAACCGCGAGCCUGUGCUCGAGUCUUCUGCGACAAGUAAGCCUGCCGAGGCCAAGACUGACGUUCUCGAGGAGCCAGCCACGUCUGAACCUCAAAACGUCAGACGAAACCGAGUCCGCGCAAACACACAAGGCUCGCCGCAGCGCUCGAACGGCCCGCCGCUCCGCACCGUGGACGUCAACCGCGCGGUUCGUCCUUCCACGCCCACGAAGAACUCAUCUGGCCAGCAGCAGGACGAAGACGAGAGCGAUGCGCAGUACGAUGACGGCCCAGCAUAUGAAGUAACGCAGGGUCGCCUCGUCCAGGGUCACAUUGUUGAUGACGACUAUCCAUCGCCCGCAACGUCGACCGCUGGUGGCAGCUCCCGCGAGGAGCCCGAUCCCAUGACCAUGUCGCAUGCCUCGUCCUUCUUCGCCCAUCCUCCCAACCACGCCGAGCCCGCGCCUCAUGCGCUGGGUGGUUCUGGCGACGCCGAGGCCGAAUCGGACGAGGAGGAAGACACUCUCAAGGACCCCAAGGUCGAGCACAUGAUCACGCUUGUCGGCGACGUUAGGAACCGCACCGUCUUCAUCGUUGAUGACAUGAUCGACAAGCCCGGCUCGUGGAUCGCUGCCGCCGAGACGGUCGUCAAGAAGGGCCACGCCAAGAAGGUGUACUGCAUCGCCACCCAUGGUGUCUUUGGCGGUGACUGCCUCGAGCAGAUGCAGGCAUGCGAGUGCAUCGACACGAUAGUUGUGACCAACAGCUUCCCCAUCCAGGAGGAACGCGUCAAGAACAUCAGCAAGCUUGUCGUCCUCGACCUGUCUUUCCUCCUCGCCGAGGCCAUCCGCCGCAACCACUAUGGCGAAUCCAUCUCGCCCCUCUACCAGCACAUCCUGAACUGA